AUGAAUUAUUCAGAUAUUAAAUUCAUUUUUGGUCAAAUAAAUAAUGUCACUGAUUUCUUAGAUCACACUUUACCUGCAUCUUUGUUAGAUAGGUUUGAGACCUCUUUACACAAGAAAUUUAAUUUCGUUUAUAAAAAAACUAUUUUACAUCUACAGAGUAAGCUUGAUAAAUUGGGUGCACCAGACUUCCACAAAAUUCCGUUUAAUCCUAAUUGGAUAAAGAAUCUUUCUAAUGUGGAUGUUCCUCAAAAUAUUCUAAAGCUAUUAUCAUUGGGCCCUAAAUUUGGUCUGGAACCUACCUUCAAAGAUUAUUCAAUCAGUAGGACCCUUGCAGAUGUAGAAAAUAUAUUGUCUCAUGCAGACAAUGCUGAUCUUCUUUCCCUAAGGUCAUCUUCUAAUAACAUUCUGUUGAAUUAUACCAACCGCCCUAGGCAAUCCAUAUCUGAAAUUGAUAAGAUUUAUAGGGAAACGGUAUCGUUUUUAAAAACCCACCCUAAUCUUCUCGUUCUCACCAGUGACAAAGGCAAUGCCACUGUUCUUAUGGAUAAAGAUCAAUAUAUCAGCCUCAGUCAAUCAUUGUUAGAUGACGUUAGGUACUACCAACCUCUUACUUCAAACCCCUGUUCAAAAUUUUCUAACAAAAUUAAUAAAUUCAUUACUCACUUAAAAAAUAUUAAGAUCAUAGAUCAAACUUUAGCUAAGUCAUUACAUAAUUAUGAUGGUUAUGCUCCAAGAUUUUAUUGUCUGCCCAAAAUUCACAAGCCCACAUUGAGCAUGAGGCCUAUUGUUUCCUCAAUUAAUUCACCUAACAUACAUAUUGCAAAAUUUUUGACUGAUAUCUUGUCAAAAUCUUAUAAUUACAAUAAUGAUUACAACAUUGUUGACUCUUUUCAAUUUAGUGAAUUUAUUAAUGACUUUAAGCUACCACAUGGUUAUAUUUUGGUGAGUUUUGAUGUAGUUUCACUUUUUACUAACCUUCCCUUGGCUAGUGUCCUUACUUCACUAAGAAAUCAUUGGAAUAUUAUCCAACCUAAUUCUCCAGUUUCCUGGGAAGUGUUUGCAGAAUUGCUCCAAUUAGUGUUUGACACUAAUUUUUUGGUCUUCAACGACAAAUUUUAUUUACAAAUUUUUGGGACACCAAUGGGUUCCUCGAUUUCACCCAUCCUAGUGAAUUAUGUUUUGGAUGAUUUAGUUUCUGACCGUCUGGGUUAUUUAGAUUUUCAAGUUCCUUUUGUUAAACGUUAUGUGGACGACCUAUUACUAGCCUUACCACCAGACAAGACUCAGGCCACCUUGUCCAUCUUUAAUGGGUUUGAUCCUCAUUUGCAGUUCACAUGUGAACUCGAGGACCCCAACAACCAUAGUAUCCCCUUCUUGGACAUGCGUGUCACUAGAAGUGGAGAUAACACACUUUGUACAAGUUGGUAUAGGAAACCAAUGGCCUCCAAUAGGUUUCUCAACUACCAUUCUUGUCAUCCUUUUAAAUAUAAAAUAAAUCUUAUUAAAGCUUUAAGCUGUAGGCUACAUAGGUUGACACAUCCGGUUAAUCGAAGGGAAUCCCUUCUGCUACUCAGAAGUAUAUUGGUAGAUAAUUCCUACCCUUCCUCCCUGAUCAAUAAAUUUCUUUUUUCCCAAAGCUACGGUUCUUCUCUGAACGACAUACCCAAUGGUGACCAACUUAGAUCAAUAUCGAAUAAUACUGUUAACAUCACAAUUCUGCCUACUACUAAUCUUGGGACUCCUGUUUCCCAGUUUUCUUCACUUCCUUAUUUUCCUCAGGUUACUGAUAAACUUAUUAAACUAUAUAAAAAUAAUAAUAUUCCUGUUAAGAUUGCAAUUAAGAACGCAAGAACAGUCAGAAAUUUGUUCUCUAAGACUAAAACACCCUUGUCCCCUUUGGAACAAGUGAAUGUGGUCUACCACAUACCUUGUGCUGAAUGUGACGCAUGUUAUGUAGGGCAGACAAAGCGAGCUUUAAAAUCACGUUUAAUUUCACACCGUAGUGAUAUCAAUUUGAAAAAACCAACUUGUGCCUUAGCCCAACAUGCAAUAGAUACAAAACAUAAGGUGGACUUUGAUGAAGCCAAGAUCCUUUGCAAUGAACGCAACCUGUCGAAAAGACAGUUCUUAGAGAUGUGUUUCAUAUUAAAAACCUCUAAUGUACUUAACAAGAGAACUGACAUCAGUAACUUGAGUCAAAUAUACCAUGCAUUGAUUUUGCAGAAUUAGUUGGUAUUAUUACACUCAAAUUAUUAUAUUGUAAAAAAGUUUUGUGGUUUUCAGGCUUUUCCCACUUCUUUAAUUUUGAUCUUGCGGAAUCAGUCGACGUUAUUACUCUUAAAUUAUUUUAUUGUAAAAAAAGUUUUUGGUGGUUUUUUCAAGCUUUUCCCACUUUUUUUGAUAAUAACAGUUUACUUAAUAGAUUAAACAAUUUAAAAUUUUCCAUAUGAUAAAAUUUUGCAUUAUUGAUAUUAAUUUUAAAUUACAUUUUGCUAAACUGAUUUAUAAAUUUUCUUAAAUUAUUGCAUAUUUUUUCUUGCUUUUUGAGCUGCGAUAUAUGGGAGUUAUACUGUUGUACUAUCUAAUAUAUUAGUUAGUUAACUGGAUUACCAGUACUAACGUAGGCACUUUUCCAUAUAAUUGUGUGAAGUGCCCUCACUUGUUUAAAUUAAACUGUGAUUCUUGUCUACGAGGUAUAAGGUACAUCCCUUGAUUACUUCUUGAUAUUACUUUCACUUUUUAAACACUUAUAUAACUGUUUUAAUUACAUCAAUUUAAAUUUUACCGCGCUGCACUGCAGCUGUCAGUCACUCUUUGUUAUAAAUCUUUUAAAGGUUGCCUGCCUCUUGGCGAGAUGUCAGUUUACACCUGAUAAUUCAAACUCCAUUUUCUUUUGUGUGUCAGUUGGGCUCGGAUGACCUGCUGGUAACUAUUUAACUUUAAAUUUUCAAAGUUGCAUAUUAGCAUUCUACUUAUUUAAUGAUGUUACCUAAAGUUAAAAUGAAGUAUGUUUAAAUACUACUAAGUUUUUGGAAGUGUGAAUCUGGUUUUUUCUUGGUUCAUUCUUGACUUUAAAAAAGCAAGCCGGCUUUUUUACACUUGUUUUUUAUAUGUGACUGUUACCACAUGGUCUUGUCUUUGGCUGUACUAAAGUUUUUUAAAUAUUAACUAUACACUUAAAUGUUAUAUACUUUUACAUUACGUUGGUUCAUGGAUAAGGUUUUUUUACUAUGUACAUCUUAUCUGUUGCUACAUGUCUUUUUAAGAUGAACUGAUGAUGUCUACUGAGCAGUAGACGAAACGUCUUCAAUAAAUAGAUGAAGUAGCUGAAUUCUUUGUCUCUUUUUUCACCCACUUGACCGAUAAAACCCUACACUUACGAGUGCUCCUUUGUUAUAUUGGA